AUGCUCUGGGCGAAAUACCAGAAGGAAUCUCAGAGCAUUGGUUGCUUAUUAGCUGAUCCGAAGUUCCAACUUAUUCCUUCUUACGGCCCCGAAAUAAAGUGCUAUUCGUCCAUCAAUAUCGAUGAUAUAAAACGCACAGAUUACAGCCAAAUUUACGAGCGUUAUUGCGAACAGUUUAACUAUACAGAGCUAGUUUUAACAUUUAUUAUCUAUUUAAAUCUCUCUCUCCUUUGCUCUCUCUGUAUAUCUGAUUAUAAGUUUAUUAAUAUUUGUCUAUCUAUCAAUCUAAUUUUAAUUGCUAUUAUCUAUCUAUUUAAAUACCCCUCUCUCUUUCUCCCUACAUAUGUAUAUGAUUAUAACAGUUUAUUAAUAUCUCUCUAUCCCAGUUUAUUCAUAUCCAUCUAUCUGACACAAGUUUUCAAGGAUUGUUCCGUGUUUAUCUACGCUACUGUUUUUAAUUAUCUAUCUAUCUAUCUAUCUAUCUAUCUAUCUAUCUAUAUAUAUACACAUAUUUUAAUUAUCUAUCUAUCUAUCUAUCUAUCUAUUUAUCUAUCUAUCUAUAUCUAUAUAUCUAUACGCUACACAUUAUUUAUCUAUCUAUCUAUCUAUCUAUCUAUCUAUCUAUCUAUCUAUGUACAGCACGAUACCCAUGCACGUACGGGCACGCGCACACAUACAUACAUUGAUCUGUUCAUUAUCUAUCUAUCUAUCUAUCUAUCUAUCUAUCUAUCUAUCUAUCUAUCUAAUUCUUCUGCUUGGUUUAUAUAUCUAUAUAUAUCUAUAUCUAUCUAUCUAUCUAUCUAUCUAUCUAUCUAUCUAUCUAUCUGUAUAAAAACGCGCCCGGUUUGUCCAGGCAACGUGCAUCGACAUUCCUGUGUCAGUUUGUUCUCACGCAUUCAUUAG